AUGGGCAGCCAGAUCCGUCAGCCAGCCAUGGGCAGCCAGAUCCGUCAGCCAGCCAUGAGCAGCCAGAUCCGUCAGCCAGCCAUGAGCCGUCCAGCCAGGAUCCGCCAGAGCCGUCCAGCCAGGAUCCGCCAGAGCCGUCCAGCCAGGAUCCGCCAGAGCCGUCCAGCCAGGAUCCGCCAGAGCCGUCCAGCCAGGAUCCGCCAGAGCCGUCCAGCCAGGAUCCGCCAGAGCCGUCCAGCCAGGAUCCGCCAGAGCCGUCCAGCCAGGAUCCGCCAGAGCCGUCCAGCCAGGAUCCGCCAGAGCCGUCCCAGCCAGGAUCCGCCAGAGCCGUCCCGCCAGGAUCCGCCAGAGCCGUCCCGCCAGGAUCCGCCAGAGCCAGCCAGCCAGGAUCCGCCAUCUAGUCAGGUGCUGCCCCUUAGUCCGGUGCUGCCCCUUAGUCCGGUGCUGCCCCUUAUCCUGGUGCUGCCUCUUAGUCCGGUGCUGCCCCUUAAUCCAGGUGGGUUUAAGUGGAGGGUGGUCAUUGGGAGGAGGUUAAGAAAGCGGGUAGUAACUAUAGUGGGGUGGUGGUCAAGCCCGGAGCCGGAACCGCCUCCGGGGAGCAACACCCACCCAGCCCUCCCCUAUUGUGGGGUUGUGAGGCGCGGUCGCAGUCCGCGCCUUUAGGGGGGGGUACUGUGACGUUCUGGCUCCGGGACUCUUAGUAGUGAGCCAGGGUUGUCAUUUUCAUUUGGGUGUAGUUCUAUGUGGGAUCUAGUUGUUUCAUUUCUAUGGUUGGUUUUGAUGUUGAUUAGUCAUAUGACUCCCAAUCGGAGGUAACGAGUGUCAGCUGUCGGCUCGUUAUCUCUGAUUGGGAGCCAUAUUUAUACUGUGUGGUUUCACCUUGGUUUUGUGGGUUUUUGUUCCUGUUUAGUCAUUGUAUCUGUUGGACUUCACUAGCCGUCGUUGUUUGUUGUUUUUCGUGUUGCACUUUACUUAAUAAAGUCAUGUUCACGUCAAACGCUGCGCUUUGGUCUACUCCCUUUGAAGACGGCCGUGACAACAACACUGAAGUGUAAGGGGCCUCCAAUUUUUUUAAUGGACUGGAUCUUUAUAUUUUCCACUUGUAUCCUGUUUCAGUAAUAAUGAAAUCAGACCUUCUUCUUGAGUGUCUGAUAAUCUACCAUUUACAUAGGAGUGGUUAAAACAUGCUAAUAACGGUCCUCUGAGUAUAUAAAAAAAGGUUUGGUAUACCUCAACUGGUAUGCCAUCCAACCCUGAAGUUUUCCCGGACUUAAAGUCUUUAAUUGCAUCCAUAAGUUCCUCCUCUGUAAUUUCACCUUCACAUGAGUAUUUCUGUAUGGCUGUUAAUUUUACAUUAUCAAUAGAAAGACAUCUCUACAAUUAGCUUCAGUUAGAGGAGAUGGAAGCGACUGAAACGAAAACAUAUGCUUAAUGUACUUUGCUUCCUCCUUCAAAAUAUUAUUUGGUGAAUCAUGGGUGACUCCAUCAUUUGUAACCAGUUUCAUUAAAUUAUUUUUGGUAGCAUUUCUAUGUUGAAGAUAAAAAAAAUAAUUUGCUGCAUUUUCCCCCAUAUUCCAUCCAGUUUGCUUUAUUUUUAUAAUAUAUUACGCUUGAUCUUUCUUGAAUAAGUUUCUCCAUUUCUUUUUGUUUUUCCUCUAAUUUAUUCUGAGCCUCUAUGUUACAGUUUUUAUUGCUAUCUUUCUGUUCUGUUAGACCUUCUAUUUCCUUUGUUAGUAUGGACUCUUUUGACCUAAAUUGCUUUUGUUUUCGAGAUGAGUACUGAAUUGCAUGGCCUCUAAAGGCACAUUUAAAUGUGUCCCAUACAAUAAGGGGAUUUGCUGUACCUAUGUUAUGUUAUAAAUUCCUCUGUCCUAGUUAAAAACAAAUUAUCAUCCAAUAGGCUUUGAUUACAUUUCCAAUAUCCUCGCCCACGUGGAAAUUCAGUAAGAGUAAUGUAUAUGCCAAUUAUAUGAUGGUCCGACCGCAUUCUGUUCUUAUCAACACUUUUUAAACUUUUGGUGCCAACGAGAAUGACAUAAGAUAGAAGUCAAGACGACUAGCUUGAUUGAGUCUCCGCCAUGUAUAUUUCACUAGAUCAGGAUAUUUAAGCCUCCAUAUAUCUACUAGUUCUAAUGUAUCCAUGACAUGCACAAUUUCCUUAAGAGCAUGAGGGUGAUAGUUUGUAGUGUGAUUUCCUUUACGGUCCAUUGAGCUAUUUAAAACAGUAUUAUAAUCUUCCACCAUAAUAAUAGAGUCUUGUAUUGCUUGCAGGGUUGAUGAUUUAUUAUAUAUAUUGUCAAAGAAGUGUGGAUCAUCAUUAUUUGGUCCGUAAAGGUUAAUGAGCCAUAUCCGUUUAUAACAUAUUUAAAAUAAUCCAUCUACCUUGCGGAUCUGUUUGGACAAUUUGCACAUUCGAAUCGAAAUUACUGUUAAUUAAUAUCAUCACCCAUUUUAAUUUCUUUGCCCAUGGGAGAAGUAUAUUUCGCCCCCCACCCCCCCACCCCAUUCCUUUUUCCACGCAACUUCAUCUAGAAUUGUUGAAUGAGUUUCCUGUAAACAAUAGACAUUAUAUUCCUUCUCUUUGAGUCAUGUAAAUAUUGUUAUUCUUUUGUUAUUAUCUACUAAGCCAUUACAAUUAUAACUGGCUAUACAUAUUUAAUCACAUACCAUAAUGAGAUACAUUUAAAUUGUAUUAUGUGAACUGAACAUAAAAACAAAAAAUAAAGGAGUUUUUUUGUUUGUUGAGAAUACUGAUGUUACUGACUCCACUACAAUAAAUAAAUACAUUUAAUUGAAAUACUGUAGAAUUCUAUUCAUUCCUAUGGAGGACUGCUCCUUCUGAAGACCAAUAUUGCGGCUGAUGGCUUCAAAGCCUCUCAUCAGCAAUCCAGGGUUUAUAUACAUAAUUGUGACUAACAGGUGUUACUAGUUAUGGACUGCCAUAAUAUUAUAGAAGAGAAGAAUAAGGUAUUAGUAGGCUGCUCUGGGUUUCAGAGGAUGCACAUAUUGAAAAGGGCCAGGAAUGCUGAAAUGCUCAUUAAUUGGUGUAACAAUAAAGAGGACAAAAGUGUCAUACAAUAUUGAAAGACUUGAAGUUGAACUAAGGUUUAACUCACAUUCACAAGCCUUCAUAAUGAUCUUGAAUGAAGCAUUUUACUGAGCCUCGUUUAUGCAAUAUGCCACAGAGUUAUUUCUCACAAAUACUAGCUUUUACACAGUUCAUGCAGUAAAUGGCGGCAAAUCUAUCUCAGAAGCGGAAACGGCCUGUCCUACCGGAAAUGAUGUCAGUACUGUUUUUCUGGCUGUAGUGUGCAUAGAUAUUUUUUUGUCAGAAAGAUGUAACUUUGUUAAAUAACUAUUUGGGAACAAAUAAACAACCUACCGUGCAGAUGGCGGGCGGAUUCAGUGCCGUAGUAGGGGUAAAAAAGUUGUCAUAUGUAACGUUAGCUAUCAGGCUGGCUUGUCGAAAUAACAUUAGCUAACUACAAUGAUUGUAAAUCAAAUUAAAGUAGCACAUUAAAAUACACUAGACAUUUUUCCAGAGUUUUGCCUCAUCAAAUGAAAUCCAUUAGCUAUUUAACGUUAGGUAGUGUGGGGAUCUAUUUUCUUAUAACUAGAUGUGAUGCCUAGCUUAGAAAGAAUACAUUAAUGAUUAAACAUAAUAGGUUUGUGCUGUACUGAUAUAGAUUGUUUAACAUAACAAGCUGUGAUUAAUGUGAGGAACCGUUAGGGGGUAGGCUGAGACAGGCUUGUGACUCACACACACAGCCUCUUUGUUAAACUGCUCAAGGACAUGUGUUCUGCUACAAAGAAGGACAAACUAUGUCUGAGGUUGCUGACUCGAGACAAGUUGUAAAGAUAACAACUAAUGCCUGGCAACAGUGAAGCGCCAAGGGGCUGGGACCAGCCUGUGCGCCAUCGAUAGGUUGGGUAAGUUUAAACCACACCCAGCCUCUACUCUGACAGGCCCAGCAGGGAGCGGGAACUAUCUCUGUCAGAGUAUUUAAAGAAGAACUUAUAACAAUGGCGCAGUUCUCUGACUGCCCUGCGUGGUUUUUCAGUGGGCCCGUAUAUACGAACAUCAUAUUUACCAUUCAAGUGUUUGCAUUAAUUUAAAUACUAGUCUAUUUUAGAAGACGUGUAUUGACCUCUUUUUGUUCCUAUACCAGAUUUGAAUUGACGCAACUUGACAGUAGUUAAGUUUAAACGAAUGUUGUUGACUUGCUGUUCACAAGCAUUUGCAUACUGGCUUCGUUGUCAAUAAUGCUGUGUUAACGUGUAGGUAGCUAGUUGGCUAACCAUGAGAGAAAGUGUUUUCUCACUGACAUCUCAAUGUUUUACAGCGUUCAGGGGGUGGUAAGGCGACGUCCAGCCUGACAGAGAACUACCAGCUUGCAAGGCGUCGCACCCUCCAAGUGGUGGUGAGCUCUCUGCUGACAGUGUGGGUUUGAGAGUGCAGAGAAGGCUGCCGUGGAAUCACUGAGAUUAUCCAGAGCUGUAUGUAACCAUUGUGUUUUGAUGUAAUUCAUACAUGUUUUGAGUUUGGGAUUAAACUAAUAACCCUUUGCUGGCUUGAAUUAAACUGUUGCUCAAUUGGUAGAGCAUGGCGUUUGUAACGCCAGGGCAGUGGGUUCAAUCCCCGGGACCACCCAUACGUAAAAAUGUAUGCGCACAUGACUGUAAGUCGCUUUGGAUAAAAGCGUCUGCUAAAUGGCAUAUUAUAUUAUAUUAUAUUAUAAGUGAAAUCACCACAAUUGUCUGUAUUGCUGACCUCUCAUCUGUGUCUAUUCCCUGUACUUUUUCAGACAUAUCUGAAGUAGGUCGUUGUGCCAAGGCAUACUGUGAACACACAGCCCGAAUCACACCCACCCUCGCUGACGCUGUGGUCACACUCAUUGAAAUGGGUUAGUUUAACCUAAGGAAAGAUGCAAAAGAAAUACAGGUUGAAUAUGAAAUCUCAAUUUAAUUUGCCUUCAUUCACUUAUUUGUUUCACGUACCACCACAGGAUUCAAUGUCGACACUCUGCCAGGGUAUGCCAAGAGAUCACAGAGGAUGGUUAUAACUGCUUGUGAGUCUUUACUGUUAGUAGACCCUCAGGAGGGUGGCAUUUAGACUAGAACUGAGCACAAAACACAAGAACACUACAGAGCAAGCUGGUAACUGGUCCUAGAAUGAAAGUAGGUAUGACGCUUAACUGACCAUCUGUGUAUUUUUCAGCUCCAGUGACAAAUGCUCCUGUGAUCCCAAAGGCCUUGAUCGCUGGACAGAAACGCACUCAUCCCUCCCACAUCCCCAGCCACUUCCCCGAGUUCCCCGAUCCUCACACCUACAUCAAGACUCCAGUGAGUCAACCACACUUCUUACAGUUUUCCCAGCCAGACACAUACUUGACUUAGUAUUUAUACACUUUUAAACUUUUUCCAGUAGUCUAGUGAAAAGAUUUUUAAGAUGAAUAAAUGAGUGAGUUUCCUUUCUGUCAGACGUUUCGGGGGCCUGUGUCAGAUUACCAGGUGGUGCGAGAGAAGGCAGCUUCUCAGAAAAGGGAUGUAGAGCGAGCACUCACAUGCUUCAUGGCCAAGACCUGAGAAACACAGAGCCUCUUCAAGGAUGAUGUCACUGCCUUCCCAUGUGAGCGAGUGCUCGUUGUUGUUGUCAAGCAUGAUUCUCAUUCAUGCUGUUGAAUUUGAAAAAAUUUCCCUUCAGUUUUGCAUAAUCUGCACAAAGAUGCUUCUAAUAUGGAACAGAAGUUUACUGUUCCCGCUGAUCUUAUUUCCUACGAGAGAGUGUUGGAUACCUGUGUUUACAUAUGUAAUAAUACUGAUGCCUUUGUGAUUGUGAUUGCCAGUGAUCGCAGCGCGGCCAAGCUCCAUCCCGUACCUCAGUGCCUUGCUGCCCUCAGAACUGGAGCUGCAGACUCUGGAGGAGACAGACUCCUCUGAACAGGACGACCAGACCGACAGCGAGAACACGCCAGGCAACAACCUCAAUGUGAGUCAGGGACAUGGGCCAAGGGAAAUAUUUAACCCCGAUUCUUUAUAAUCUGCAGUGCAAUGUGGUAGGCCUAUACAGAAAUAACUUUUCAUUAGAAAAAUCAAGGCCCUCCUAAUGAGGGUGUUACAAAGCCAUUCAUUGUUAAGAGCAAAUCUAUAUUAAAAUGUACCUGGUGUUGAUUGCUACUUAUUAAUUUACAAAAAUACAUAUUUUUUAAAUUAAGUUUGUUUUUCUCAUCUAUGCCUUUCAUCAAAUGUAGGAUGAUCCUGGAGCUGAUAAGGAGAAUUCUGUGCUGCCCCCUGGGGGCGUGGUUCCCUUGAUGAAGGUCAGUGAAGAAAACAUGAUUGACAACCCAUACCUGAGGCCGGUCAAGAAACCCAAAGUGAGGAGGAAGAAGUGAGAGCUACUACACGUAGCACUAAUUUGGACUUAAUCUGUUAGCCACAACGAAGGGUGAAUCGUAAGAAGCAGUCAACAGCUCUGUGCCUCUGAGAAGUGGACCCACGUGGAAAUCUGGGGUCAGGGACUCCAACCUCUCAACUUUCUACAUGGCAAAUACUGCUCAUUAUGACAUCCUUCACAAGUACAUUAAUGAGCAAACAGACAUUUUGCAAUUCAUAUUUUUCACAUUUGUGGAAUGGUUGGAACAUUUGCUAAAAUGUGAUGUUAUUUAUUUUUACCCAUUUCCAAAUGAUGAUUAAAAUCAUUUGUGAAUAAUGAGCAGGAAACAUGUUUUGAUUUGUAUUUUAACAUGAAAACCUUUCAUUUACCCAAAUAUACACUGAACAAAAAUAUAAAUGCA